GGAGUUCACUUCUCUCUUCAAAACAACACCGUCUACGACAUUUGUCAGACAACGAACCAUGGUAUCCGCCCUGAUUACAUGCGUGGCUCAAGCUACCUUCCGCUGCCUCCAUGAUUCUCCCAGAACUUUAGCCAAACAAACUCACCCCAUUUUCUCUUACCGAACAUACGCAUCUUUAAGUUUCUCCAAGAAGAGAUUAACUCUACUUCCCAAGACAAGACUCCGUUCAGUUUGCUUCUUCAACGCCGGAAAAGACUCCAAAUCUGAUUUCCAAGACAAGGAAACUGGAUUGGAAUGGCCAAUUCUCAAGCGAUGGGAGGUGCCAUGGGACUGGCCGACAGUUUCAUUAACCUCUCUAACGUGUGGAUUAAGUUUUGUUUUGACAGGAUUAGCUGAGACAGCAGCUAUACCAGAACUUGGGAUUAAAAUUGAAGAGCUAACGGUGGAUGAGAAGGCAGAGAUACUGUUUUUGGAUCAGAGCAUUACAACAGCAGUUGUACUUGGAGUUCUAUAUACUGUAGCUCAAACCUUUCAACCACUUCCCGAAGACAUAUAUCGCUAUGAUUUGAGGGAACCGUUCAAUCUGCAGAAAGGAUGGCUCUUGUGGGCAGCAGUUGGUUUAGUUGGUGCUGUUAUUGCCAUUGGGUUAACUGGAGCUGCCAUGUCCCUCUUUCAUGGUCAAGACCUGCAAAGAGAGACUGAUGCCCUAGUUCGCUUGCUUCCAUUGAUUGGAUCCUCAAGUAUCAGCACUGCUUGCUUGUUGGGCAUCACUGGUGUUUUAGCUCCAGUUCUUGAGGAGACAGUCUUUCGAGGGUUUUUCAUGGUGUCAUUGACAAAGUGGGUUCCUACUCCAAUUUCUAUAGUUAUCAGUGCUGCUGUAUUUGCUCUUGCACAUCUCACUCCUGGAGAGUUUCCCCAGCUGUUUGUGCUAGGCACUGCUUUGGGAUUUUCAUAUGCUCAAACUCGCAAUCUAAUGACCCCCAUUACAAUCCAUGCUUUCUGGAACUCUGGCGUCAUUUUGCUUCUUACUUUUCUUCAGCUGCAAGGAUAUGAUAUCAAGGAAUUGUUACAGGCAACCUGACAAGAAUAUGGUUUCUUUAAAGCAACCUGAUGAUGGGACUUGAGUUCCUUUCUGUUCCUAUAGAAUGGGCUCUGGAGCUUGUUUAGGGCGCCUUCUUAGCUAAUAUCAUGCAUACCUGGGAGAGAAUUUUCAGCAUCUCUGUAAAAGAGAUCAACAUGAGUUUGAUGGUUGGUGAAAGUACAUGCAUGCCUAUGUUAUUGGUUAAACUAUCUUUGAUUUAUGAUGCAGGAGAUGGGUUGCUUUAAACAGGCUUUGUUGUUUUUGGGUAUUUAUAGGAGUAUCAGGCAAUGUUUUUAAAAACGAACUGCACAUUGGUUAUUUAAAAUUGAACCAAAUUUUGGCCUUCAGUUCUCAAUGGGACUGUUAGAUAACAGAAGGCUCGUAUAGUUUAGAUUGUGUUGAAUUGUACAAAACUUACUUUUAGAAGUAAAGGCCUUAAGUGUUA